AGAGAGAGAGAGCGAGGCGAGGAGAGGAGGAGGAGGAGGGGGGGAAGCUUUAAAUAAAGCCUUUGGAUUGCAGCUGCUUAUUUUGGGCAGUCCUACCAGGGACGAUUCCUGCCAGGAAAGAAGCUGGACCGGUCCUUUCUUUUUUUUUUUUUUUUUUUUUUUUUUUUAAUUUUUUUUUGAUUUUGGUUUUUUUUUUUUUUGUGGGGGUGGCAGUGGUGUAUUGCCGAGCUGCCUGCUGCGAUGAGCUCCGGCGCCUGGCUGUAGUUGCCCACUUUGGGAUCGCUGGACACAUAAGUGGCAUUUCGGUGGGGGGGAAGCCUGCAGACAUGUGAGAAUGGCUGGACCAUUGCAGUGGCGCACUGAUUUUUGUGGAUGGUGAACACAAAAAGGGGAUUGAGAAGAGACCACCCGAGUUAUUCUGACACAUGACUUGAGUGCUUUCUAUUCUUAGACAGAUGAGGAUCUGAAAUAUGUAGACUGAGAAUAACACAUGUCCAGGUUAAAACUGUAUCCUACAAGAAGUAUUUGAUGGAUUAUUCCUAGAUAUUUCUAAGAAGGUAAAUACAAAAAGUGAGUUAUUCCAAUCUGACCACCAUACAGACGUCAUUAUUUUAAUGUUGAAUACUCAGACAAGGGUGCCAUGGAUGUAAAAGAAAGGAAACCGUAUCGAUCUCUGACUCGGCGCCGCGACACUGAGCGCCGCUACACCAGCUCUUCAGCCGAGAGUGAGGACAGCAAGGUACCCCAGAAGUCCUACAGCUCCAGCGAGACCCUGAAGGCUUAUGAUCAAGACUCCAGGUUGACCUACAGCAAUCGGGUCAAAGACAUGGUGCACCAGGAGGCCGAUGAAUUCUGCCGAGCGGGAGCCAACUUCUCUUUGCGAGAGCUGGGUCUCGAAGAUGUGACACCCACACAUGGGACCUUGUACCGGACUGAUAUCGGCCUGCCUCACUGUGGCUACUCCAUCAGCGCCGGCUCGGAUGCCGACACGGAGGCAGACGUGGUCAUGUCGCCUGAGCACCCGGUGAGGCUCUGGGGACGCAACACCAAGUCCGGACGCAGCUCCUGCUUGUCGAGUCGGGCCAACUCCAACCUCACCCUCACUGACACGGAGCACGAGAACACCGAAACCGGUCCUCCCCUCCGUUGUUCGUCCGCCUCCUCCCCCCCCCCCGAGCAGUCCCCCUCCCCUCCCCCCUCGCCGCCGGCCAAUGAGGGCCCGGGGCGGUUGCUGGGCAACGGCGCGGCCCAGCCGGCCGCGGACUCUGACUCUGAGGAAGAGUUUGUCCCUAAUUCAUUCUUAGUUAAAAGUGGCUCUGGAAACCUCUGUGUCGCCGCCAACGAUCAUCCUCCAAAUCUUCAAAAUCAUUCAAGACUUAGAACUCCACCACCUCCAAUAUCACAUGCUCACACCCCAAAUCAACAUCACGCGGCCUCUAUCAAUUCCCUAAACAGAGGGAACUUCACUCCACGCAGCAACCCCAGCCCAGCUCCUACGGACCACUCUCUUUCUGGAGAACAACCAGCCAGCACACAAGAGCCAGCCCAUGCUCAGGACAACUGGUUACUUAACAGUAACAUCCCACUGGAGACUAGAAACAUAGCAAAGCAGACAUUCCUAGAGACAUUGCAGGACAACCUCAUUGAGAUGGACAUUCUCACCUCCUCCCGACAUGACGGUGCUUACAAUGAUGGGCACUUCCUGUUCAAACCUGGAGGCACUUCUCCCCUUUUUUGUACAACAUCGCCGGGAUAUCCCUUGACGUCCAGCACUGUGUACUCACCUCCCCCUAGGCCCCUUCCCAGAAGUACCUUCUCUAGGCCUGCCUUUAACCUGAAGAAACCCUAUAAGUACUGUAACUGGAAAUGCGCUGCUCUGAGUGCCAUUGUCAUCUCAGUCACGCUGGUGAUCCUGCUGGCGUAUUUCAUAGCCAUGCACCUGUUUGGCCUAAACUGGCACCUGCAGCCGAUGGAAGGGCAGAUGUAUGAAAUCACGGAAGACACAGCCAGCAGUUGGCCAGUGCCAACGGACGUCUCCUUAUAUCCUUCGGGGGGCACAGGGUUAGAGUUACCUGACAGGAAAGGCAAAGGAACCAGUGAAGGAAAGCCCAGUAGUUUCUUUCCAGACGACAGUUUUAUAGACUCUGGAGAAAUUGAUGUUGGCAGACGAGCCACACAGAAGAUCCCUCCUGGUAUCUUUUGGAGAUCUCAGGUGUUCAUCGACCACCCUGUGCAUCUGAAAUUCAAUGUGUCUUUAGGAAAGGCUGCUCUGGUUGGCAUCUAUGGCAGAAAAGGCCUCCCGCCAUCACAUACACAGUUUGACUUUGUCGAGCUCCUUGAUGGAAGACGUCUACUGACACAGGAGGCGAGAAGCUUAGAAGGACCUCAGCGGCAACACAGAGCUUUUGUGCCCCUGUCCAGCCAUGAGACAGGGUUUAUCCAGUAUUUAGAUUCAGGAAUAUGGCAUUUAGCCUUCUACAAUGAUGGCAAGGAGUCGGAAGUAGUUUCUUUUCUUACUACCGCUAUUGAAUCAGUGGAUAAUUGUCCCAGUAAUUGCUAUGGGAAUGGAGACUGCGUGUCUGGGACUUGCCAUUGCUUCCUUGGCUUUCUGGGCCCUGACUGUGGCAGAGCAUCCUGCCCAGUGCUGUGCAGUGGAAAUGGACAGUACAUGAAGGGGAGAUGCUUGUGCCAUAGCGGCUGGAAAGGAGCAGAAUGUGAUGUCCCGACGAACCAGUGCAUUGACGUCUCCUGCAAUAACCAUGGCACGUGCAUCAUGGGGACCUGUAUCUGCAACCCAGGAUACAAAGGCGAGAGCUGUGAAGAAGUGGACUGCAUGGAUCCUACCUGCUCGGGACGAGGCGUGUGUGUGCGAGGAGAAUGUCACUGUUCAGUUGGCUGGGGAGGAACAAACUGUGAGACCCCAAGAGCCACUUGUCUGGACCAGUGCUCUGGUCAUGGGACCUUCCUCCCAGAUACUGGACUCUGCAGCUGCGAUCCCAACUGGACCGGACAUGAUUGCUCAAUCGAGAUUUGUGCAGCGGACUGCGGAGGACACGGCAUUUGUGUCGGAGGCACCUGCCGCUGCGAGGAGGGAUGGAUGGGCACAGCCUGUGAUCAGCGAGCGUGUCACCCACGCUGCAAUGAGCACGGGACAUGCCGGGAUGGCAAGUGUGAAUGCAGCCCGGGCUGGAACGGAGAGCACUGCACUAUUGAGGGAUGCCCUGGCUUGUGUAACGGCAACGGCAGAUGCACUCUGGACAUGAACGGCUGGCACUGCGUCUGCCAGCUGGGCUGGAGAGGAGCGGGCUGCGAUACUUCCAUGGAGACGGCAUGCGGCGAUGGGAAAGACAACGACGGAGAUGGCCUGGUGGAUUGCAUGGACCCAGACUGCUGCUUGCAGCCACUGUGCCACGUCAAUGCGCUGUGCCUGGGCUCCCCGGACCCCCUGGAUAUCAUCCAGGAGACGCAAGCCCCCAUCUCCCAGCAGAGCUUGCAUUCGUUCUACGAUCGGAUCAAGUUCCUGAUCGGCAAGGACAGCACUCACAUCAUCCCAGGAGAAAAUCCUUUUGAAGGAGGACACGCAUGUGUGAUUCGAGGCCAGGUGAUGACGGCAGAUGGGACCCCUCUAGUUGGAGUGAACAUCAGCUUUGUCAACAAUCCUCUUUUUGGAUACACAAUCAGCAGACAAGAUGGCAGCUUUGAUCUCGUUACCAUUGGUGGGAUCUCCAUUAUCCUGCACUUUGAGCGGGCUCCCUUCAUCACCCAGGAGCACACGCUGUGGCUGCCAUGGGAUCGCUUCUUCGUGAUGGAAACCAUAGUCAUGAGGCAUGAAGAGAAUGAGAUCCCAAGCUGUGACCUCAGUAACUUUGCCCGGCCCAACCCUGUGGUCUCUCCAUCUCCGCUGACAGCUUUUGCAAGUUCCUGCUCGGAGAAAGGUCCUAUUGUUCCUGAAAUCCAGGCUCUACAGGAAGAGAUUAAUGUUUCCGGUAGUAAAAUAAAAGUGAGUUACCUGAGCAGUCGCACAGCUGGCUACAAAUCAGUCCUGAGGAUCAGCAUGACCCACCCCACCAUCCCCUUCAACCUCAUGAAAGUCCACCUCAUGGUGGCCGUCGAGGGACGCCUAUUCAGAAAGUGGUUUGCAGCUGCUCCAGACCUGUCCUAUUAUUUCAUCUGGGAUAAGACAGACGUCUACAGCCAGAAGGUGUAUGGGCUCUCGGAAGCCUUUGUUUCAGUAGGUUAUGAGUAUGAAUCCUGUCCUGACUUGAUCCUGUGGGAGAAGAGGACAGCUGUGCUUCAGGGUUAUGAAAUUGAUGCUUCCAAACUUGGAGGAUGGACCCUGGACAAACACCAUGCCCUCAACAUACAAAGUGGCAUCUUGCAUAAAGGAAACGGGGAAAACCAGUUUAUUUCCCAGCAGCCGCCUGUAAUCGGAAGCAUUAUGGGCAACGGCCGCAGACGUAGCAUUUCUUGUCCAAGCUGCAAUGGUCUUGCAGAUGGGAACAAACUCCUGGCUCCUGUUGCCCUAACAUGUGGCUCUGAUGGAAGUCUUUAUGUUGGAGAUUUCAACUACAUCCGAAGGAUCUUUCCCUCUGGCAAUGUCACCAACAUACUGGAGCUGAGAAAUAAAGAUUUCAGACAUAGCCACAGCCCAGCUCAUAAGUAUUACUUGACCACAGAUCCAAUCACCGGCUCCAUCUACCUCUCCGACACCAACAGCCGACGUAUCUAUAAAAUCAAGUCAACCACAUCAGUGAAAGACAUUGUGAAGAAUUCGGAGGUCUUGGCUGGAACUGGGGAUCAGUGCCUCCCGUUCGAUGAUACCCGCUGCGGAGAUGGAGGCAAAGGCACUGAUGCUACCCUUACAAAUCCCAGGGGCAUCACUGUGGACAAGUUUGGGCUGAUUUACUUUGUGGAUGGCACUAUGAUCAGGCGGAUUGAUCAGAAUGGGAUCAUCUCAACUGUGUUGGGUUCCAAUGACUUGACAUCAGCUCGGCCUCUCAGCUGUGACUCUGUCAUGGACAUUUCUCAGGUUCGUCUAGAAUGGCCCACAGAUUUGGCAGUCAAUCCAAUGGAUAAUUCACUCUACGUCCUCGACAAUAACGUUGUGUUACAGAUAUCUGAGAACCACCAAGUGCGCAUCGUGGCGGGGAGGCCCAUGCAUUGCCAGGUGCCGGGCAUGGAUCAUUUUCUCCUUAGCAAGGUGGCAAUCCAUGCCACGCUCGAGUCUGCUACCGCCCUGGCUGUCUCACAUAACGGGGUCCUGUAUAUUGCUGAGACUGAUGAGAAAAAGAUCAAUCGCAUCAGGCAGGUCACCACCAACGGAGAGAUUUCUCUCGUUGCUGGUGCACCAAGCAGCUGUGACUGCAAGAACGAUGCUAACUGUGACUGCUUCUCGGGGGAUGAUGGCUAUGCCAAGGAUGCCAAACUCAAUGCGCCAUCCUCCCUUGCGGUGUGUGCAGAUGGGGAGCUGUAUGUUGCUGAUCUUGGAAAUAUCCGAAUCCGCUUUAUUCGGAAAAACAAACCAUUCCUCAACACACAAAAUCUAUAUGAGUUAUCCUCACCCAUAGACCAGGAACUCUACUUGUUUGACACCAGUGGUAAGCACCUUUAUACUCAGAGCCUUACCACUGGAGAUUAUCUUUACAAUUUUACUUAUUCCGGAGAUGGAGAUAUAACCCUGAUCACUGACAAUAAUGGCAACUUAGUCAAUAUCCGAAGAGAUUCCACGGGGAUGCCCCUCUGGCUGGUGGUGCCCGAUGGCCAAGUCUACUGGGUGACAAUUGGUACCAACAGCGCGCUCAAGAGUGUAACAACACAGGGGCAUGAAGUGGCCAUGAUGACGUACCACGGCAACUCCGGUCUCCUUGCCACUAAAAGCAAUGAAAACGGUUGGACAACGUUUUAUGAGUAUGACAGCUUUGGCCGCCUGACCAACGUCACCUUCCCUACUGGCCAAGUGAGCAGCUUCCGCAGUGAUACCGACAGCUCCGUGCAUGUCCAGGUGGAAACCUCCAGCAAGGAUGAUGUUACGAUAACAACCAAUCUGUCGGCAUCGGGAGCCUUCUACACCCUGCUCCAAGACCAAGUCCGAAACAGCUACUACAUCGGCGCUGAUGGCUCUCUCAGACUGAUGCUCGCUAACGGCAUGGAGGUGGCCCUGCAAACCGAGCCGCAUCUGCUGGCUGGCACCGUCAACCCCACGGUGGGGAAGAGGAAUGUCACCCUGCCCAUCGACAACGGCCUCAACCUCGUGGAGUGGAGGCAGAGGAAGGAGCAAGCGAGAGGGCAAGUCACCGUCUUUGGACGUCGGCUGAGGGUUCACAACAGAAACCUGCUGUCCCUCGACUUUGAUCGUGUGACAAGGACAGAGAAAAUCUAUGAUGACCACCGCAAGUUCACGCUCCGCAUCCUCUACGACCAGGCGGGAAGGCCCAGUCUCUGGUCACCCAGCAGCAGACUGAACGGGGUCAACGUCACCUAUUCCCCAGGAGGACACAUUGCAGGGAUUCAGAGGGGCACGAUGUCAGAAAGGAUGGAGUAUGAUCAGUCCGGCAGAAUUACGUCCAGGAUCUUUGCUGAUGGCAAAUCAUGGAGCUACACUUACUUGGAGAAGUCCAUGGUGCUGCUCCUUCACAGCCAGAGACAGUACAUCUUUGAGUUUGAUAAGAAUGACCGGUUGUCAUCAGUGACCAUGCCCAACGUUGCCCGUCAGACUUUAGAAACCAUUCGUUCCAUUGGUUACUACAGGAACAUCUACCGGCCACCAGAAGGCAAUGCCUCGGUAAUUCAGGAUUUCACAGAGGAUGAGCAGCUCCUCCACACUUUGUACUUGGGCACAGGGAGACGUGUCAUCUACAAGUAUGGAAAGUUGUCCAAGUUAGCCGAGAUGCUCUACGACACCACAAAGAUCAGUUUCACUUAUGACGAAACCGCUGGCAUGCUGAAGACCAUAAACUUACAGAAUGAAGGGUUCACAUGUACAAUCAGAUACAGACAGAUAGGACCCCUCAUUGAUCGACAAAUUUUCCGCUUCACUGAGGAGGGCAUGGUGAAUGCACGCUUUGACUAUAAUUACGACAACAGCUUUCGGGUGACCAGCAUGCAAGCAGUCAUCAACGAGACACCUUUACCCAUUGAUCUCUACAGGUACGAUGAUGUGUCAGGCAAAACUGAGCAAUUUGGUAAAUUCGGAGUCAUUUACUACGAUAUCAACCAGAUUAUCACCACUGCUGUCAUGACUCACACUAAACAUUUUGAUGCCUAUGGCAGGAUGAAGGAGGUCCAGUACGAGAUAUUCCGGUCGCUCAUGUACUGGAUGACUGUGCAGUAUGACAACAUGGGGAGAGUGGUUAAGAAAGAGCUGAAGGUCGGCCCUUACGCAAACACAACUAGGUACUCAUAUGAAUAUGAUGCUGACGGCCAGUUGCAGACAGUGUCUAUAAAUGACAAACCACUCUGGCGUUACAGCUACGACCUAAACGGAAACCUCCAUUUGUUGAGUCCGGGGAAUAGUGCCCGCCUUACACCGCUCAGGUAUGACCUCAGGGAUAGGAUUACUAGACUGGGGGAUGUGCAGUACAAAAUGGAUGAAGAUGGCUUCCUGAAGCAAAGGGGCAAUGACAUUUUUGAGUAUAAUUCAGCUGGCCUGCUCAUCAAAGCCUACAAUAAAGCUAGUGGGUGGAGUGUGAAAUACCGCUAUGAUGGCCUAGGAAGGAGAGUCUCUAGCAAAACCAGCCAUGGCCAUCACUUGCAGUUCUUCUACGCAGACCUGACCAACCCAACCAAGGUCACCCAUUUAUACAACCACUCGAGCUCCGAGAUCACCUCCCUCUACUACGACCUCCAAGGCCACCUCUUCGCAAUGGAGCUCAGCAGCGGUGAUGAAUUCUACAUAGCCUGUGAUAACAUCGGCACUCCUUUGGCUGUCUUCAGUGGGACUGGCUUAAUGAUUAAGCAGAUACUGUACACAGCGUAUGGGGAGAUCUAUAUGGACACCAAUCCCAACUUCCAGAUCAUCAUCGGCUACCACGGAGGACUGUAUGACCCCCUCACAAAGCUUAUCCACAUGGGACGGAGAGACUACGAUGUGCUAGCGGGUCGGUGGACGAGUCCAGACCAUGAUAUGUGGAAGCAUCUGAGUAGCAAUAACAUAAUGCCUUUCAACCUGUAUAUGUUCAAAAACAACAACCCUAUUAGCAACUCUCAGGAUAUCAAAUGUUACAUGACAGAUGUCAACAGUUGGCUGCUCACCUUCGGGUUCCAGCUACACAACGUCAUCCCCGGCUACCCCAAGCCAGACAUGGAUGCGAUAGAGCCGUCCUAUGAGCUAAUCCACACACAGAUGAAAACCCAAGAAUGGGACAAUAGCAAGUCAAUUUUGGGGGUCCAAUGUGAAGUGCAGAAGCAGCUGAAGGCCUUUGUCACUCUUGAGCGCUUUGAACGGAUCUACAGCUCCAGCAUCGCCGGGUGCCGGCAGGUCAAGAAGAACAAGAACUUUGCCUCUGGAGGCUCUAUCUUCGGCAAAGGCGUCAAGUUCGCCAUGAAGGACGGGCGCGUGGCCACCGACAUUAUCAGUGUGGCCAAUGAGGACGGGCGGAGGAUCGCGGCCAUCCUGAACAACGCCCAUUACCUGGAGAACUUGCACUUCACCAUCGAUGGGGUGGACACGCACUAUUUCAUUAAGCAAGGGCCGUCGGAGGGCGACCUGUCCAUCUUGGGCCUCAGCGGUGGGCGGAGGACCCUGGAGAACGGCGUGAACGUGACAGUGUCCCAGAUCAACACAGUGCUAAGUGGAAGGACUAGACGUUACACGGACAUCCAGCUCCAAUACGGUGCGCUGUGUCUAAACACUCGCUACGGGACCACCUUGGACGAGGAGAAGGCCCGUGUCCUGGAGCUGGCCCGACAGCGCGCUGUCGCCCAAGCUUGGUCCCGGGAACAGCAGAGACUGCGGGAUGGGGAGGAGGGUAUUCGCUCGUGGACAGAAGGGGAGAAGCAACAAGUGCUAAACACGGGCCGGGUACAGGGCUACGACGGCUAUUUUGUGAUCUCAGUGGAGCAGUACCCCGAACUCUCAGACAGCGCCAACAACAUCCACUUCAUGAGACAGAGCGAAAUGGGCAGAAGGUGACAGAGAGGGUCGAUGCGGUGACUUCUUGCCAAAGACAGCUACUCUUUUGUGGCCACUUACCUGACUGUGUUGUACUCAAUCCUUUUUCUAAACUGAACAAGGCGGGGGGGGAGGAAAAUAGAAAGAGAAGGAAUAAUACGGUUGCACUGUAACUCAUGCAACAUACUUUUUUUUUCCCUCUUUAAUUUGGCCUUCACGCGUUUUUUGCAAUGAACAGAAGGUAUAUUUUGCCGUAGUGUGAUCACAGUGAAAUUUACUGUCUCUUGUCCUUUUUGUUUUGUUUUGUUUUGUUUUCCCCCCCUUUGUGAGGAAUUUGAAGUGGGGAGUCGUCAACGUACGUCCUUAGGUGUGAAGUGCGAAAUGGGUGUCUGUGCUAACUUGUGUCAUCCUAACCCUUUCUGAUUUGGGGCAGGGACAGAUAGCCUUCCACCCGAAACACGGGGGGGCCCGUGGCAUGCUGGAGAGCUCUUCCCGGGAAGAAAGGAGAUGGAAGACGACGCUGAUUCCGAUACUCCGAAAGCGACCGUCCGAAUCAUGUGCCUCAAAAGAGACCUUACAAGUAGUUUUCACGUUUCACUUGGGACAUAAAGUGUUUUUUUGGGGGCUCCUGCUGAGCAGAAGUAGAUUAUAGAGGCAAAGGAGCUGAUUAUAUUAACUUGCAAGAUGAUUCUCUUCCUUCCUGAACUGGAAUAAAAAAAGAAAAAAAAUCAGUCUUUUUUCAUUAUGAGAAUAGAUACUUUAUGGGGGUUUUUUGUGUGUGCGCAAAUCCUGGUUUUAGUUAAAAAACCUAGCAAAAGCCAAGAAAGGGACUCCUGCUCUAUUGAGAAAAGCUAAAACAAAUCCUCUCUCUCAUACGUAGAGCUGUUCUAUAGGUGGAUUUAAUGCACCCAUGUUGUACAUUUGCUAAUGGCAUAACUUCAUUAAAUGUAUAGUGUUUCAGUACACGAGGCUACGUGUUUAACAGUCCACUGUGCUGUAUCUGAUAAAACCAGUUAAUUUUUAGGAAGCUGAUUUGAAUUUGAAAGUAGUUAUAGUAUCCCAGUGACAUACCACUGAAAAUUAGAGCAAGCCAAACCCUGCUUUUCCUGAUGCUGGAGCUUGUAUUUAUUGGCUGGGAAAUGCAGUUUUGAGUAGCAUGCUGGCAAGUCGUUUAUGACUAUGGCAGAUAAAUGUCUCCCGGGGACUUUGGCAGCAGGGAUUUUAAAAUGUUUAAUAAGUAGCAACAGCUUGUGCAUGGUGGGACAAGAAGGAGAAUAUUGGAAUCAACCCUCUCACUGUUUCUUACACGAGCUCGAAUUAAGCGGAGAGCCCAGUUGACGGUAGGCAGCGAAGAAGGGGGAGGUUGAAUGGAAAUGCCCACUACAGAGGGGACCAAGUGCUUUAAUAAGAAACUGCUGACAAAGUUACUCGGCAUGCUAAUGUAAUUUGUGUUCACAUAACCUCUGUGCUCCGGUAUUUGCAAGAGUCCUUGAAAUUCAAGGGAACAAGGAGAUGAGCUUAGCAUCCUCUUCCCUGCCUGAAGCAGCCCUGUGGUAGCAAGGGCCAUUCCUGCAGGCAGGCGGAGGUGUUACCCCACCUCUCGCUGGAGCUCCGGCUGGAGAUGGCCAACCCUGGUCCCAAAUAGACGUCUCUUAUCACACUGACACCUGCACAUGUCCUGACUCUAAGAGCUCUCACCGUCUCUCUGAGAACAUCUCGGUCCUGAUUUUUUUUUUUUUUUUUUUUUUUAUUCCACCUCCUUCAGUUUUUGCUUCCCGAUUCUGCAGAGAGAUAACCCGAGAUGUGCAAAUCCAUGCCAAGGCUGUUUCCUUACUCGGAGCCCUACAAUGCACCAGUGUCCCCAGAGCCAGCCCUCCUGCGCUCCUGCCACCACCACUGACAUCCUCCAACACAGCCUGAUAUUUCUCUGCAGGCUCCAGCCCCCAAGAUAAAGCAGGGGCGUAUGUUGGGCAUGCACUCCUCGAGCAGCAAAAUGUUGGCAGCCCCAGUGCUAUCGUGGUUUCCCCAUAGAUGCCGGCUGCCAGCUCCGGCUGCCUUGCCUGUCUGUUCCCGGGUGCUUGCCAGGAGGAAGGUGAUGGGAUGGAAAUUCCCCCCAACAGACUGUUCCUCCUCCAAUUCCCAAUCCCUACUACCUUUGCCUGCGUGGCCAGAGUUCUGGCGGCUGCAGGGUCCCAGGGCUGAUCCACGUUGGGGCCACCCGCCGGUAUGGUCCUGAUUUUCUGGUGGUCCCUCCUGCUUGCAGCAAGGGUGACGUUGCUGCUGCUGCAACCCAGUGCUGUACUUUGAACCACCCCUCGCAGCAUGCAACCUCUAUUACUUUGGCAGGAGUGAAUCGCAGGCAGCUGGACUAGAAAGGGUAUCAGGCUUCAGCAGAGCCGGCUGGGAGGAGACGCGUUGGCCGGGCCAGCUUUUGGCUUUGGCAAGGGAGCAGUUGCUUUGGGCAGCUGCCUGCCAGGGAUGGUUAAAAGGCCGUGGCAUUACCGCCUGCGUUGCUGGUAUCAAACUCUUGGCGAGCCUUGGUUGCCCCGAGGAUGCGCUGGUGGGGAUUAGAGGCAGUGUUGGCCAAAGCAGCAGUUGCCACCUACUCGAAGGAGGCAGCACCCUCUUCCCAGGGCUGCCCAGCUCCCUGCUUCCCCCUCCCCGAAUCACACCAGGGACAAAUUCCUCCCAGAACUUCCACCUUGUGAUGGCUUUGAGUGUCUAAAACAGCAUGCACGGAGCAAAAAAGACCUGCGGGAAGCUGGGUCGAAAGGCGUAAACCGCCGGCGAAGACCUGCACUGCAGAGAGAGCUCGAUGUGCAUCCCAUUUACACCGCUCCCCUCCAAGUGGCUCCAAACAGAAGUGGUGCUUCUAUAUCCAUCCCCAUCCAUGUGUUAAUGCUAAGAGGAGUGGUGCAAGAGUAAAUGGGCCACCUUUCCACGCAGCCAGGGAAAGGGAUUCGAGUGUGAAAUAUUCCUACUGGAACCCUGCCGGCCUGAGAUGGCACCUCGACAGCCUUACACAGACUCUUCAGGUUAUUACACGAGCUAAUGACUUUGAGGAGUUCACCCAUUUUUCAAGAGUCUUACGGUCCCGCCGCAGGCAUACGGCAUGCCUAGACCCGGGAGCCAUCCCGCUCUGCGCCACGGCAAAGGCAGCUCGGCAUCCUCAAGCAGCGGUGGGAUGUGACUGCGCCCGUCUGGCUGCCGGGUCUGGGGGGGGUCUUCUCCUGGCGCUGCACCCGACACGGGAACUAUGGACAUUAUGUCAAAAAAGGGGAAAAAAAAUAUAUGUAUGUAAAAGUAUAUAUAUGUAUGUGUUGCUCUUCGCUUUAUCAAAGCCUUUAACCAAAAAAAUUAAAAGGGAUGGCUGUCUGUGAAAGCUUUCCACUCUACCUGGAUGGCAAAACAAGAAACAAACAUUUUCAGUCCUGAAGCCCUAAAUUUCCCCCUUUGUUAGUGAAAAAAAUGCUUUUUCUACAGGAUCUCAAGUGUGUUCCCAUGGAAGUUGCAGGAUCGGGCUGUGAACACAAAGAGCCAUGCCCUCCUCGAGGGACUGCGCUCUGCUAUCCACAAGCAUUUUCACUCGACCGAUGGCCCCAAAGCCCCUUCCCAGCCCUUGCAUCGCCCCGUUUGCCUCCCCGUGGGGCCGUGUUGCGGCUGCCCGACCCUUCUUGCUUUGCUUGCGGGCAGUGGGGGUAGCGGAUCCUCGCUUCUGUAAGACUGGGAGGUCCUGGGUGCAAAUCCCACGGCACAAACCCCCAUAUCCCAUUGCUUUAGAUGCUUUUUCAAAGGCCAGUUGCAUGCCAGACCAUCUCCAAGGGAUAAUGUCACUGUGGUCUCACAUGCUUUUACGGCUUGACUUUGAGAAGUCGCUAUUUUCUUGACUCCCAAAAAGAGGACUCGCUCCUCCACCAAAAGGAGUUUCCCUUCAAAACGCAAAGGCGUAGCUUAAAUUACUUUGAACUCCUGGGCUUGCCUCCAGUCCGAAGGGUGGUGGGAAGGAUCGUGACCGAGUCUCACAGCUCGGAGGAGAAAGUCCAGCACUCUGGAGCGGGGGCUGCGUCUCGCGGUGUGAGCGGUGGGUAAGGACAAACAGCUCAAGCGCUGAAGAGCUUCUGCUGGUGCCGACACCUGCUCCAUUUGAAGGAACAGCAGCGAUGGGACCAACCUGCUGUGGCAUCCAGACAUGAGCCAGUGCCACGAGGGCUCUGCAGCUCAAAAAAACAUCCCGUGUGCUCAGCCCGAGGGGAGAGGAGCAAGACUAAUUUGGCAUCGCGAGAGAUGCUGCAAUGUUUGUUUCCUCCAAGCUCUUUUUUUUUUUUUUUUUUUUUUUUUUUUUUUUUUUCCCUUUCAACUGAAGAUUGGAGCUUGGAAAAAUCAUUAAGCAGCAGUGACCGGAGGGAAUCACGCAGCUCAUCAUAUCUUUGUCAUCACAGCUAUUGAUCAGAGCCAUGAUGAAAAUGGGCCAACAACUCUAAACAGCACCAGGCGAAAGCCGAUGAGACGAAGGUCGUUAAGAGCCUCAAUGCUUGAUUCGGGUUUAAAAGACACAGAUGAUUGGGAGCAGUCCCUGAGACACCAUUUGGCUGUAACUUAGAAACAGUGAGGGAUUUCUGUAAUAUAUCUGUAGUUGCUUUAUUGAGCGUAGGGAUCGGCAUGAGAUUCUGCUCAGUCUAUUAUACAGACAGCGUAACCAGAAUAAAUCAAAAUUGUUUUAAAAAAAAAAAAAAAUCUAAUAAAGUACUUUUUCAGCUGUGACUUAUAAGUGUCACCGUGAUAGAUGGCAGUGCAAUCCAUUAUGCAAAGGCAAGGCUUUUAACAUGAAAUUUUAGAAUUCAAUUUUACGACUUACAGAGAGGGCCCCCCUCGUAUUUACGGCACGGCAGUCUGUUUUGAUUCAAUCUCUGCGUAAUUGAAACCAGGGCCAGGGAUCUCGGUUAGUCCUACGGCCACUUUUUAAAUGGGGAGGAGAAAUAAGAGACUAUCACGUUAAUAAUGGAGCUAAAAAGAUGGCUUUGCUUGUUAAAUCUUAUUCACUUUAUCUCCUCGCUCUGGUGGCACUGCCAAAACUGGGAAACCCACAUGCCAUGCCUCCGUGCCGGGGCUGGGGUUUGGUGGGAUAAAUUCUGGCUCCCAUUCGGCCGGCAGCAUCCUCCAUCCCGCGGUGAGUGUGGCCGGGGGCAUUUUUGCUGCUGUUCUUACAGUCCUCCACAGGACAGCAAGUUUUUCAGCAUCUCUUUUUAUUAUAAUCACUCUUUUUAUUAUGAUCACUAAAUAGUUAGAUAUUUGAAUCCCUCCAUUACACUGAAGAAUUUUCACGAGUUUUGUAAAAAAAAAAAAAAAAAAAAACUCACAGCUUUUUUGUGGGUUUUUUUUCAUCUCUAGGGUAUAUUUCAAUAAAAUUACUUGCGACUGUAGAGCAAACGUUAAACAGACACCAUGGGGACGUGUAGCACCCUGUCCAGAAUCCCCUGUCUCGCUCCUGGAUGAAGGGCCAUUUCCCACGGCGCUUUUCUAUCUCUGCUACCCGAACUGAAAACAACCCAGCCUGCCCGAGGGAAACCUUUUGUGUCUCUUGCCUGCUUUCCUUUAAUUGCCAUAAAACUUUGUGUUCAUGACAAGGUAUUACAUGGCUCAACUGUUAACUCCCAUCCCAGAGGUCAAUGCUUUCUGAGCAGGGGAGCAUAGAAAACCACAAAUGAAAAUUAACUAAAAAUAUAUAUACAUAUAUAUAUAUAUAUAAUUUUUUUUUCCUCAGAGCUGGAAACUGUUCAAGCGAACAAUAGAACUUUCCAAAAAGAAAUUUAAAACUUUUGGACAGUUCGCAGGUGUUGUUGAAAUAACCAAUCAAAGAAUCACACUUUUCUAUUAAAAAAAAAUAAAUGUUUAUUUUGUGUGAGGACUUCCAAUGCAGCUCCAGCCGAGAAGAGGACUUUGUAUCAAAGCUGCAUCUGUAAGCCCAGCACUGGAGACUCGUGUCAUUACCCUGUGUAAUAAUUUUCCUGAAGUCUGGAACUAAUUUUUUGAGAAAUUUUUUUUCUCGAACCUUUGUGUUUCUAAUACUGUAUUCUUGACUGUGUAAAUACAACCAGGCUGUAAAUAAGUGCAGAUGUAGAUACCUUCUAGAAAAAAAAAAUGAACAGACAAAAGUGACCGUGUGUAGCCUUCGGUGACAAAUAAAAGAAUAUUUUGUGUUUAAA